CAGCAUGUCACUUGACUCAAUGGGACCGUCGGCCGGCGGGGGCAGCUCGGGUGUCGGCACACUGUCCGGCACGAGAAUGAUCCAUUCGCUAAGUACUCCCUCCGGUGUGGAUGGUUCGGUGUCGGCAUCGCAUUCUCGCAGCGGCAAGAAGCUGGCCGUUCGCAUUCAGAUGCUGGAUGAUUCCGUUACAAUGUUUCAGGUCCAGGCCAAAGCAACGGGUAAAGUGCUGUUCGAGCAGGUCUGCCGUCAGCUGAACCUGCUGGAGGCCGACUAUUUCGGGUUGGAGUAUCAAGAGGCCCAGUCCGGUACAAAGUACUGGCUGGACCUGGAGAAGCCACUGAACCGUCAGGUCGGCCUGUCGCUAGUUGAACCGAUGCUGCGCUUCUGCGUCAAGUUCUACACUCCCGAUCCGCUGCAGCUGGAGGAAGAGUACACGCGGUACUUGUUCUGCCUGCAGGUGAAGCGCGAUCUUGCCACCGGCAGUCUGCAGUGCAACGACAAUACUGCGGCCCUCAUGGCCAGCUACAUUGUGCAAGCAUCUUGCGGAGAUUAUGCAGCCGAAGACUAUCCAGAUCACACCUAUCUGUCGUCGUACCGGUUUGUGCCGCAGCAAGAUCACACGAUGCAGCGAAGGAUCAUGGAAAAUCACAAGAAGCAUGUAGGACAAUCACCGGCUGAAGCGGAUCUAAAUUUGCUGGAAACGGCCCGACGCUGCGAGCUGUACGGAAUGAAGAUGCAUCCGGCCAAAGAUCACGAUGGGGUGCCGCUGAACCUUGCCGUCGCCCACAUGGGCAUAGCGGUGUUUCAAGGCAUCACACGAAUCAACACCUUCUCGUGGGCCAAGAUACGCAAAAUAUCGUUCAAACGCAAGCGCUUCCUGAUUAAGCUACACCCAGAGAACUACGUUUACCAUAAGGACACGGUCGAGUUUUUCUUCGAGGGGCGCAACGAGUGUAAGAACUUUUGGAAAAAGUGUGUGGAAAAUCAUGGAUUCUUCCGCUGCACGGCCGUGCAGAAUGUGCAACGGCGCAAGGCGCGUGUCCUCUCGAGAGGCAGCUCUUUCAGGUACAGUGGCAAAACACAGAAACAGAUCAUCGAGUUCGUGCGUGACAACUACGUGAAGCGGCAGACGUUCCAAAGGUCUCAGUCGUUUCGGCAGGGUCCUCUACAUUCAAGUAACAGAAGUCAAUCACGCACUUCAUGUAAUGUGAAUCAAAGCAUCUCGGCUCAUCCCUUACUUCCGAUCGAAACCGCGGAAUGGGAGCGUCGCAGUCAGAGCAACGUCUUGAGGACGCCUUCUCAGACGAGGAGGCAAGCGGAUACGGAGGCGGAUCGCCGACCCAGCAGUCCUACCGGCCUCACUCGUUCUCAGCUCACGGAAGCCCAGGUGGAGACCUAUCCGAUGAAGAGCUAUACCCAAAUGGGAAUGGAACACUCGGGCCACACGGCGGCGGCCUUGCAGGACUCGAGUCAAUCUGCGUCCCCGGGGGGCACCUGGAGUUCGCCAUAUCACAACAACAGCAACAGCAGCAGCCAUGCGCGCGAAGCCGAUCGGGCUCGUGCACGUCAAGACGGUCACAAUUCCGGUCUGAGCCACCGCCACUAUGCCACUAUGUCCCCCAAAUACACUCAUCGCAGCCACAGAUUUACCACGCAGCUACAGCAGCAGCAGCAGCAGCAGCAGCAGGCGCAACAGCGCCGGGCCUCAGCCGGGCCGCUGGGCCAACCGGGGGAUCGCAGCAGUUCUAUGGGGGAGACAACGGUCUCCUCCACCAGCCGGGAGAGUGUUUUAUUGCCGCUGGACACUCGCACCAGGCGCUCCUCGGCGCUCCUCCCGGGCUCGGCGGGAACGGGGCCCUCAACGGGCCUGUUGGCAGCCAGCAGCUCUCAAUCUCACAGUGCCACACUAGCCCGUUAUAGCAAUACGAGUACCUAUUCGAUGUCUAAGUCGGUGAGCACCGGGACGGACCUGUCGGACGAGGCGCCGGAUAAUGUCAUCUACUCGGAUAUCAAUGAUCUCUAUCGUCAUCGGAAGUCGGCCGGCGGUGCUACGUCAGGGGGUCGUCGUGGCCCGGUGGCCCUCGGUACCGACGACGAGGCGGAAGAUCAGGAAGAGGUCGAAGAGGAGGAGGAGGAAGAAGAGAUAAUGGAUGAGGUCGAGGACGAGAACGCCAUCCGGCGCCCGUACCUGGAGGACGACCUGGAAGAUGAUGACGAUGAAGAUGAAAUUGAUAUCCGUUACGCGACUGCCACGCAAAUCAAAGCAAUGACAUCCGGCGCCGGCGGUGGCGGCCAGGAGGUAGAAAGCCAAUCAGCCACCGCGGCCGCCAAGUCCGUUCCGAGUGAUGAACUGUACGCGACGGUGGAUAGGAAAAGCAAACUAAACAAACAGCUACUUCAGCAGCAGCGCGAGGCGGCUGCACAGCAGCAGCAGCACCAGAUCACGGUGCAGGUCGCUAGUUUUAAGGCCAACACUCACUACCCGGGAAAGCAUUUUAGUGACGAGUUCAUAGACGAUAGUAUUAGAAAUUACAACAGCCACACGAACGUCAGUGCGGCCGUCGGAAAGCUAACCGAUUCGGGCGCCGGUAACUCAGCAAGCGCUGGCGAGAUGUACAACCGCUCGGCUCACUUUGACGAGUACUGUGGCACCAAUCGGUACUCCGACACGUCGGACUACUUCAGUCAACCGCACCAUUACUCGCACUCGCCCAACUCGCACUCGCUGGCCACAACGAUCACGGCCAAGAACGGGUUGACGGACGACGACGAGCGGUACUCGUCCUCGCAUCCUCCUCCACCGAUCCAUCCUCGAACGUCGCACUCGUUGCCACGCAACUCGCAGCUCUCCAAGAUCGAAUCGCUCGAUUCCACGUACAGUGGCGGCGGUGGUGGCCAAGGGGCUCCUGGCGGUGGUAGUGUCGCAGGGGGGGUGUCUGGGGUAGCGCCCGGUGGUCACCACUCGCUCAACAAUCUGCCCAGUUCGUCGAAGGUCACGAGCGACUAUUUGCACUAUUCGUCGCUGUUGAAAGGGGCGGGUCCAAUGGGCGUCGCCAACGCUGAUGAUCCCAUGAGCAGCAAGAAAACGUCAUCGGAGCGGUUGGAGUACGAGCUGUCAAACGCCAACAUCUACUCGACGGUGCAGUACAAGAACUAUGAGGACGACUUUGAGGAAGAACUGUACAUGAACUAUCACCGCGGCCAAGUGGUGGAUGCCCGCCGCUCGAAGGAAGCCUGGCUGCGGAGCAGUUCGUGUAAGGAGCUGUGCGAUUACGGGUACGACUCGACCGGGCGGGCCGAUUUCUCGCUGAUGGAGCGUGAGUUUCUUACCUCCGACCGCAUCGACAGUCCGGUCACGCGGUACGACGAUUCACGCCACUCAAUGUACGUGCAGAAGUCGAACUAUUCGGUUGAGGCGAGCCAAGAGUUUGCUACGGCGGCGACCACGCAGGAGGGCAAAGUGUACUCGUCGAGCUACCCCGGCACGACGUACAACACGAUCGACCACACGAGCUACCGGCGGCACGCCACGAACCAGAACUUUUACUCCAACUACGAGUACGGCUCGCAGGACGACCUCUCGCACGAUAGCUACGAGCUGCUGGAGAAGUCCGAUGAUGAGCUGUACUAUCGGUUCAAGAGCAACCCGGAGGCGCACACGCGGUCCUGUUCGCUCGAUUCUGGCAAUUACAUCCCGUCGGAUGACGAGAGCAUUCCCGACCACGACGGUGGUGGUGGGGCCCAUCACUCUCAUCACGUUUCGCGGCUCUCCAAGUACUGCACGAGCCUCGAGGCCAAGUGCAAGAGCGCACCGGACAUCGACGAUCUGGACGAUAUGUUCCUGAUGGAGGAUCCGCGCGAUUUGCCGCGCGAGAAGCUGUGCGUCAAGUCGGAUGGCAACUUUUACAAAAAAAUCAAACUGGCCAUGGGCCACGGGUCGUCGCGCACGUCGAGUCCGGAGUCGCGCAGCGAUUACUACGAGUCGAAGCUGUCGAAGAGCAGUGAUUCAAGCAAAAAGUCCAAAGACAGCGUGUACCACACGGACAGCAACAAGAAGUCGCGCGAAACGCUCAAGAGCAAGUCGGGGUCGGGCUUCAAUUCGCGCGCUUCCAGCCAGGACUCGAAGGACUCGUUCGGCAUGGACAUCCUGCUGACGAAGAACUACGAGCUGCCGACGACGACGAGCAAGAAGGCCAAGUACCUGUCGAAGCGCUUUGACAGCAGUUCGCGAAACUCGAGCCAAGACUCGAAGAGCGAUUACUACGACGCAAGCGAUCACGUGCAGCAGCACCUGCAGCAGCACCUGCAGCAGCAGCAGCAGCACCACCAGUCCGGGGACGAGAUGUCGGACGAGAUCUAUUCGCGCGCGAAAGUCACCCAUUCGGACGAGCGGAUCGACGAAAGUGGCGGCGCUGCCAGGAGCGGUCCCGCCAGCACGUUUUACGAUCAUCAGAUCUACUCUUCGACGUUCCCGAGUGCCCAGACGAAACCACCGACCGGUGGCACCGGCCCCAGCACCGGCAGCAAAACCUCGCAUGUCCACUCGAUCAGUCUGCAGAACGUGGAGCUAGAGCGGAACUCUCGCUUGGGGUACUCGGCGUACAAAUCGCCGUCGCCGGUGUUGCCACUGGCCGCGAUGCCCAAACCGAUCGACAAGCAGCCACCCAAGACGACACACAUCUGGCCGGAGGAGAUCGAGGGCCUGCCGACCACCGUGCUAACCGAAAGCCAGCGGAUCGAUCGGUCCCGGGCGUUCCGCAAAAAGUCCGACAGUGAGAACAUUUUCAGCUUCGACAAGGAGAAAAUCGAGUCGCUUACUAGCAGCCUGAACGACGAGACGCCGACCACGGCCAUCCUGGUGGAGGCGAAGGUGGCUGGUAAGGUUAGUCCGGACUAUCCGCUUACGCCGGAGCUGCUGUCCGAGUUCGACAAGCAGAAGAUCGAAUCGCCGCACAUUCUGCCGAAGAAGACGCGCAAGGAGGAGCUGAUGGCCAAGACGCACUUUGAGGAGUACACGCCGAAGAUGGGCGGCGUCCGGGAGUCACCCGCGUCGAUCGCGGGCAUCCCGCCGUACGCGCACGCCACGGUCGAACGAACAAAGUCGGACCCGAACUCGCUGGCCAAUCGGCCCCGGUUGGGACCGAACUCGCGGCGUCACACGCUGAUGCACCAGAAGUCGAUCGACCUAACGCCGGCCGACUCCAGCGAGGAGGAGUACCUGUACAAACAGAUCCCGAGUGCUCCGCCGCUCUGCAAAUCGCACGGCUCGCACUUUGAGCUGCCGCAAUCGUACGACAUGAGCACCAGAAUGCCGGACUCGAUCGUCGGGAUCGAGCUGCCCCGCAGCGGGUUCGAGAUGCCGAAGAGUUUCUUCAAAGACUUUCAGGAUCGGCGAGGAUCGUACAAGGCGGUCCUGAAGGAUGACAUCCCGUACGUGCUGCACAAGCGGCACGUUAUGAACGGGACGGCUCCGUCACCGGCGACCCCGUCUCGCUACCCGAAACCCAAGUCUCCCAAGUCCCCAAAGUCGCCCAAGUCCCCCAAAUCACCCAAAGCAAUCGUGGACUCGAUCGGCGGCGGCGGUGGCGGCGGCAAGGCGGACGGUUCGGGAGCAAGGGAAAAUCUGUUGCGCGUGGCGGACGCCGGCGAUCCCGACGCCCGUCUCGAGCCGCGCGAUCACGAUCCGGAUGGGGCGGGGUCCGGUUUUCUGUUCACACAAAACAUUGACCUCUCGAAGCUGGAUCCGGUCACGCUGGAGGUGGACAAGACGGUGCAAACGGUGCAGCUGGCCAACAGCCCGAAGCGGGACAUUACGAAGCGCAUGGAUCCGCUGAUGCUGGAGCAGCUCAACAGCAAGCUGAGCCAGAUCGAGAGCGAUUCGGCGACGAGCUCCAAGACGGACAGCAACGCCGCCAUCCAGCAGCAGCUCCAGCUGCGCGGUGGAAAGCUCCUCGAACCGAAGCCGGUGGAGCUGCCGUACGUGAUCGAGAAGAAGAAACCGCAGCAGCAGCAGCAACAGCAGCAGCAACAGCAGCCACAACCGGGCGCGGCGGAGCUGACUGGAGUUCCGAAGCGUGUCGUCAAGACGCGGGUUGCGCCGAUCAAGACGAAGGGCGGCAAAUCGAAGCGCAACGCCAAGACGCGCAUCACGUCGUUCUCGUCCGACGACGAGAGCCUCGACUCGGACGACGUGUUUGGGUCGGCCGAGGCCAUGCCGACGAAGCUGGAGUUCUCGCCGCCCCAAUCGCGCAAGGAGAUAGAACCGAUCCUGAAGCACGAGUCGAGCAAGAUGGCUUCCGCGAACGCGUGGGCUCGCGGCCAAACGAUGAGCUCGACCGAGAUUGAGGGCUCUCCGCCCCAGUGCCGUAGGCUCGCGGAACUCGAGAGCCGCUACCACACGGUCAAGCUGGAGACGACCCAGUUGACGAGCACGGAGCUGCGCCGCAUCUCGGAGCGCUCGUUCUCCAUCCCCAGCUCGGAAGACGAGGGCAAGAAGGCGGAGCGGAAAGCGGAAGACGCAGCGACGACGACGACGACGCCGAUGGCGACGAAGGCGUACCACCUGACGGAGAAGCUCCCGUCGCCGAUCAUCGAGUCGCCGGGGAAGGAAAAGGAGCCCCGGAAGGAGGGUCUCACGUUGGGGUUUUCCACGGCGAAGGCCACCCCGAACCCGGCGAAGCCGAGCUCCGAGCCGACGAAAAAGCUGUCCCCGUCGAGGACGAAGCUGAUUGAGGAGCUGAUCGAUUCGUCGAUCGUGAUGCGCUCGAAGGGCCACGCACCGAUCCUGUUCGCCCAUGCGCGGCUCAAUCUGAGCGAGGGCUCCGCGUUUGCGGCGCUCCAGCGCCAGCGGGCGACCCAGGAUUCGCCGACGUCGGGUCGGCGGGCCAAGAGCCUCGACACGCCGGUCAUUUCGCUGCACAAGCUGCCGCCGAUGAAUGCGUUCUCGUCAAAGGACGACACGGUCGGGUACACGGAGGAGGACGAAGAAGCGGACGUGCUGGAGGUGAAGCCGCUGGUCCCGAAGCCAUCGGCCGCGGGUGCGGCGAUGACGAUUGAGGAGGAAGAGCAGGAAGACUCGGUGCGCUCGUGCGGCGAGGCGAUCGUGGUGCGCGAUCCGACGAUCUCGCGCCAAACGUCGACCACGGAGGAGGCGGAGCGUGGCCGGUGCGUGGUGCGGAUCGAUGCGGACGAGCUGGAGCUGCUCGAGCGGCUGAAGUACAUCGAAAAAAUCGAGCUGCAGGGCGUGAAGAUCAAGGAGAAGCGCCGCACGAAGACGAAGCUCAAGAGCGGCCACCAGCUGAUCCUGGAGAUCCCGAAGUACAAGUUUGAGCCGUUCAGCUCGGGCAACAGCUCGAUCAAGACGUCGCCGGCCAUCAGCCGGGCGAGCAGCGUCGAGAGUACGGGCAAGGCGCGCCAAAAGACGGACAGUGGAACGCAGACCCCGACCGGCGGGGGGGCCGCCGUGAAGCCGCAGCGCAAGUCGACCAGCCCGAAAGGCUCGGAGAAGCUGGUCCAGCCGAAGCGCCGCUCGUCGGACGAGGCCAAAAAGUCCGCGUCGCCGAAUGACAUGCUGCGCACCAAGAGCCAGGAGGCACUGCUGCUGGGCCGGGGUGCCGGUGGGAAGGAGAAGUCGAAGUCGCUCGAGCGAAUGGAGCUGAAGCGGCUCGGGAGCAGGGAGCGCAAGUCGCACGAGGAGAGCGAACUGGAGCGGGCCCGGCGCAAGGAGCGCCAGCAGAAGCUGUACGAGUCGGCCAUGAAGCAAACGAUCACGAUGCUGAGCCCGGUGAAGGACCAGCUGCCGCAGUUCCCGGCUCCGCCGGAGGACAAGAUCUCGGUGAAGACGGAGGGCGACCGGAUCAUCAUCGACGCGGACAUCAAGUCGAAGCCGGAGGACCACGUGUUCAUUGCGAAGGCCCCGCGCAAGCUGGACUGCGGGCUGGCCAAGAUCAGCCGCAGCUUCGAGGACCAGAAGAGCGUCGAGAAGCUGGACAAGGCGAGCCGCAGCUUCGACGAUCGGAGCAAGUCGUUUGACGACCACUCGUCGGACCGGUCCGCCGACGAGAGCAUCGCGAUCAAGAGCCCGACGCGGCUCAGCAAGAGUCAGGAGCUGAAGCAGCAGAUCGAGGGCUCGGUCGUGCACAAGCGGUUCGAGGGCAAGUCGAAGAGUCUGGAGAAGAAGUCCGAGUCCCAGUACCUGGACAUUGCGUACAAGACGCGCAGCUUGGACCAGAACUACACCGAGAGCUACACCGCCGGUGGCGGUGACGCCACAUCGCCCGACUCGGACGGUCACUCGACACCGAGCCGCAAACAGGAGGUAGUCAAAGUGGACGUGCACUGCUCGAAGAUGGACUCACCGGAGGCGCAGGAUGAAGGCGGCCCGCCGCCCGGGGCCCGUGGUCGCAAAUCGACCACCGACAGCAGUGACAGCAAGUCGGCCGAUGAUCCCCGAACGCCAUCGCGCUUCGACAAGGGCAAGAGCCUCGACCGGGAGAAGGGCAAACCGCAGGCGGUCAGUGCGGAGCGGAGGGCCCUUUCGCAGCCCGCAGCGACGGCGGACAGCGAGCUCGACAUGCAGGACAUCAUCUCCGAGCGGCGCACGCUGGACCUCAUGAAGCGCCGCUCGGAGGAGAAAACGGUCGACAACGGAACCGCGGAAGUGGUGCCUCCGGCCGCGAAGGCGGGCAGCGAGGAGGAAUCGCUGACGGAGGUCAGCGAGCUGAAGGAUUUGGCUGGGGUUGGGGUGCCCCCGCUCCGUGUGCCGACCAUCUCGUACGAAGAGCCCUCGAUCGAGGAGGAUGACGACGACGACGAUGAGGAGCAGGAGCAGGGCGACGGCGGCGAGGUCGAGGAACUGGAGCGGGAUCCGGCGGUGGGCAGGCGGCAGAUUAUGGGUAAGGUUGGCCUGGAGCGGAGUCGCAGUGACCCGGAAACCGGAUCGUGGGUAACGAUCGCGAGCGAAGAGUUCACUGGGACCGACGGCGGGCAGCAGCACCCCCGGAUCGAAUCGCAGGCCACGCUCGAGGAUGUGAAGGAUUUCGUGCUGCCCGAAAGUGAGGUGGUGCUUCCAACGUCGGCGUCCCACUCGAACCGCUCUUCGCCGUCCGCAUUUGAUCCGCCUCUUCCGCAGGUACCGGCACAGGUCCAGGAGCGGAAGGAAGUGCGGUCCCCGUUACGUGAGAAGCACGCGUGGAUCGGAGACGACGCCGAAGAGCGGAAGCAGGCGUCGCAGCGGCGCGGCGAUUUCCUGCGCCUCUCCAUCGAACGUUCGCGCAGCUCGGACACGGGCUCAAGUCGGGAGAACGAGACCAGCCCGAUCCGGCAGGACUCGAGCACACCGCGCGGGAAGGGCUCGCUGGACGAGGAGUCGAGCGUGAGCUGCUCGAUCUCGCGCCCGCUGGGCAUCUCGCAGGACAUGGACUCGAACGAGCACACCAAGUGCCGGGAGCUGCGCGAAGCGAUGCUCCGGAUGGAGGAGGACGAUGGCGCGUCACCGGCCGUGCUGAUGCACGAAGGCUCCGGCGCCAUGAGGAAGGUGUCGCCGACGCUGGAGAAACAGUAUCCGGUCGAUCUGGGGUCGGGCUCGGAGCUGGACGUGGAAACACCGGAAGAUCGGAUUUCACGGCUGUUGCAGCGCGAGGAGAGCGAAUCCAGCUCGGACAACGGUGGCGCAGCGGGAGCGGGGGGCCCACGGGAGCCAGCGGCGGGGCUCGUUCUCCCCGUGAAACCACGGGUCGUGAAACCGGUCCGUACGACGUUGCUCCACAAGAAGGUCUGCCGGACGGCGGCGCCGAACGAGAAGCAAACGCAACAGACGACGGCCGAGCUCAAGUCCGGCACGCUGAAGCUGCUCAGUGCCGACGGGGGCGAUCGGAGCUCGCUCGAGUCCAAGUCGAGCCUUGAGUCGAAGGGAUCGCUCGGUUCGUUCGAAACCGAGAGCAGCUCGGGGUCGCUGGGGGCCGCCCAGCGGAAGGGCGACUUGACGCAGCGCGAGCAACAGUCCACCUGGCGCCCGUACCCGAUCGAGAGCUCGGGCAGCUCCAGCGUCGAAGACGGGUGGCUGCCGCCGGAGCAGGAAAGCUACGAGAGCUUCGAGCUGGCCACGGAAACGAUCGAGCUGCAGAAGAUUCCGACCCACCAGCACCGGGACGGGAAGGAAUCGUCGCCGGACGAGCAGAAGGAGAGCGAUUCGGACCUGCAGGACGAGCUGAACGAUUUCCCGACCACGUUCGGGUACCCGGAGCUGACGUCCACGCUCGGGAUCGCCAUCAACCCGGUGGACGUGCUCGGGUACGGCGCGAGCUUCGGCGUGGGCCGCACGCUGUCCCGCAUCUCCGAGCGCAGCACGGCGUCGGAGAAGUCGAGCGGCGAGGACGGCGUGGCCGAGGCGGAAAAGUCCAGCCUUGAGGACCUGAGCGUGCACGACGAGUCGGCCAUCUCGAGCGAACACCAGGCCAGUCUGAGCUCCAACUCGAACCCGGCCUACAUCUCCGACGCCGACCGGCGCACGUCGGCGGAGAUGCCGGACAUUCCGUGCGAUUCGGCGGCCGGCGAGCGACUGUCGGAGAUCUACCAGAGCAACGUGGUCCGGAACGGGCGGUUCACGGUUUCGCACGUGACCGAGGCCGGCGAGGCGGGGCCGAACGCUUCGGCGGCACCCGCCGUGCCGGUGGAACCGAGGAAGAAGGUGGCAAGCAAACCGGAUCUGGCCGGGUGCCUGUCGGCCGGCGGUGGAAGCCAGGAUUCGGAGGAUUGGCCCCUGCCCGAGAUUCCGUACGAUGGCACCCCGCCCGUGGAGGCUCCACCGCCACCGCCACCGGCCACGGCACCACCACCACCACCACUGAUCCGCCCGUACUGGACGCUCGCCGGUGGACGCCAGUCGCAGGAGUCGGACAAUUGGCCGACGCCGCCGUCGUCCCUGGAGCACGCACCGAUCGUCGGUAACGUGCAGACGUUCCGCGCGAUCGAACCGCAGCACCCGACGCAGGUGAUGGUGGAAUCGUUCACGGAGCCGACGACCGGCGACGAGGACGACUCCGAUCCGGACUAUGCCGAGGUGGCCGGGGACGAGCCGGUUCCGGAGCCACCGACGCGGGACUACGCGCUCACCUCCGGCUCCGGUUCGGGCUCGUGCUCCUCGCCCAGCCCGUCCCUCUCGAUGGUGGUGCCGUACGAGAGUACGGCCUACCUGAUGUCCACGAACGAGAGUGCCACGUGUCUCGGCCCCGCCAGCUGUCUCAAGUCCACGUUCGAGCUUUGCUCCAGCCAGCGUUCGAGUGGCGGUUCCUCGUCGGCAACGGCGACGACGACGACGACGAUGGGGGGUGCGAAGGAACCGAAUCCGGAUCGGGUCAUCAUCUCGCAGCCCACGAAGUCACCGUCGAACCUGAGCCCCAUCACGGACGAUGAUUUCUUCCUGAACGACGAAGUGUUUGGACCGGGCACGGUCAAGAUCGAAAUCUCGCCCGACGACAGCCGGCCCCCGGUGAGCGCCACCGUCGGCGGUCACCACAGCAGCAGCGGCGGUGGCGGCGGGGGGACGAAGUUCUCGCGUGGCUCCAACAACUCGGACACCUCGAUCGACGACAUGCUGUCGGCGUCUUGCGGCACGACGUACAUGGAGGAGACGGUGAGGCUGAGGAACCUGGAGCCGCGCCGGCUGAGCAACGAGUCGUGCAAGAAGUGCAGCCACAGUUCGCACUCGGAGGAGGAGACCAGCUCGUUCGGCACGGACCUGGACGGGACGGUGAAGAUGGGGCUGCAGCAGAAGCGCUGCACGCACAGCUCGCACUCGGAGGACACGUCGAUUGGUCUUAGCAUUUCCGAAUGGUCGACCGGCACGAACACCGUACGGCAGUACGCGAACCUGUCCGGCUCGGACAGCCUGUCGGCCGUCUCGAACCAUUCCGGCAAUGCCAAGAGCGAAAAGUCGAACCGCGGCGACACCAAGAGCUGCUCGAUCAGCUCGAUCCACAAGUCGACCGAGAGCCUGGACGAGAAGACGAGCGGCAGCUUCUCGAGCAGCAACGCCGGGGCCGCCGGAGCCGGAGCCGGGCCCACUGCCGGCGGGCCCGCGGGCAGCGGUGGGGCGCUUGGGGCCAAGCGGUUCUCGCUCGAGUCCGACAAUGGGCCGCGCUACGAACCGUUCAGCAACUCCACGGACACGGACAAGUUCUCGUCCGGCACGAAGAGCGACGAUACGACGCUCACGCUGACGGAGAUGGCCCAAACGAUCACCGAGUGGUCCACGAGCAGCAGCAACACGCUGAUCGCCCAGGUCGAGGCCAUGAAGCAGCUGCAGGAGGGCAAGUCCCCGCCGGCGGGGGUCACCGAGCCCGUGCGUCCCACUGCCACGCCACCACGGACCACCUUCGAGUACGUUCCGCUAAAGACGCCCAAAGUGGCCAAGAAGGCGGCGGUGGCGACGCUGGAGGGGCCCGCUGCCCCACCGGAUCUAAUCCCCGAGCGGCCGACGCGGAUGCCGCCGAAGAUUGUGGAUGUGAUCGAAAAGUCCCCGCAGCGAGCGCCGAUUACGCAGCAACCGUUGGCCGCCACCGUUGACGGAGGGGCCGCGGGCGUCAGCAAGCGCAAGUCGCUCGAGCUGAUGUCGAAACGGUACCAAAGUCAGGACAUUUCCGACACGGAAACGUUCACGGAGAAGCUGUACGGCCAGAGCGAGAAGCUGACGGAGCGCUACCAAAGCCAGGAGUUCACCCCACUCUCGGCCGCCCCGCCGACGAAGCCGCCGCGCGGCGACUCGCUGCCCUCGUCCAGCCCGACGCCGAUGGCCGAGAAGCCGCUGGUGAAGCACCACAGCUACGACGACAAGACGCUGUCCAAGUCGCAGAUCCGGGAGUACAAAACGUCCAAGAUGCGCCACAGCCAGUCCUUUCACGAGCACCUCGUGUCGUCCGAUCUGAACAAGAUCGUCGAGGAAAGCCUUGGCAGCUCGUCGACGACGACGACGACGCACACGAGCGAGGCGACCAGUACGGACAACUCGUCGCCAAUGUUCCCGCGGCCAGAGAAGCUGAUCCGCUGUUCGCCGUACUACUCCAGCAGCCUGAGCUCCGAGUCGCCACCGAUCCAACCGAGUCAGCUGCCGCCACCGCUCCAGAAGCCACCGCGCAAGAGCUCGCUCCCGCGGGCCCUGGUGGUACCGCGGAGUCCUCCGAGUGGGAACGAUACCGACAGUUCGCUCGAUCACCGAGCCCAGGACCCGAAGCUCCGGGUCCGGGGUUACCGGAAGAAGCGCACGGUGCCGCUGAAGAAGAGCCGCCUGGACAGCCGCCCGCUGGAGCACCAGGAGAGUUCCGAGUGUUCGGAGGGUUACUUCCCCGAGAUGGAGUCGGGCUCGUCGGAUGCCGCCGCCGCCGCCGCCGUCGCCGCCGGCAUGCUGGUGGAGCACCGCUAUCCGGACUUCGAGGAGGAGCUCGAGCAGCUGCCGGAGGACUACGAGGACGAAACGUACCGGGCGGACGAGGACGAACUGGUGGCGCCGAGUCGGAAUGGGGCCGGCGUGUACCCGAGCGCGUCGUACUCGAACAAGUUCGAGGGUCUCGACAUGACGGAGAACGUCGACGAGAUGGGCUUCCCGCGGUACGAUCGGCUCGGGCACAUCACGAACCCGAACCUGUACAAAUCGGACACACCGUCGCCGCCGAUCAAACCGGCGCGCCAGCGGCGGCUGCGGCAGACGAAGCGUGACGAUCCGACGGCGGCCACGGCCGAUCUCGAGUAUCAGGGGGUGCAGUACACGCCCGAAAGUGGCAGCUGCUCGGAGACGAAGGCCGGCCUCUCGGACGAUGUGUGUUACUCGAGCGAGGACAGCUUUGCUGCCGGCUACAACCGGAGUGCCGGUGCCAGUGCUGGAGGAGGUGGUGGUGGUGGUGGUGGCGGCGGCGCUAGUGUAUCCGGCAAUAGCUCACGCUAUCAGAAGAACGUUGAAAUCCCGUAUCCGGACUUUUUGUCCGACUACGAGAACGAGUCAUCGUCGGCGUGCUCGUACGCCCGGCGUAUGGAGCAGGAUCGCCACUGGUACGUGGAGAUGGAGCUGCAACACCAGCAGCAGCAGCACCAGCCGCCGUCGUAUCCCGACUCGGAGAAGAGUGCCGACGGGGGGUCGGUGGGUGAGUUUGACCUGAAGGCACUGCCUCCACCGAUUUACGUCGACGAAGGUGACGACGUUCGGGACGACGAGGAGGAGGAGGAGGAGGACGAGGAAGAGGAUAAUGCCGUUUAA